AGCGGAGGUGACGCGGCAGGUCGCUCAGCUGAUGAAGGUAAAGCUGCUGCUGCUGCUGCACUGUGUCUAACAGCUACUACAACACUGGAACAAAUAGGCUGCUGGUUGGGGCAUUUGCACACGGCCGUGAAUGGUAGUGUCUAGAAAGGGUAUGUCCCUUCAGGAGAGAGGUGCCAAUGUCCAACCGGCCUAAUUCCAAUCCAGGGGGGUCACUGCGCCGUUCACAGAGGAACACAGCCGCGGCCCAGCCAAUAGACCACACACUUGCAGGAAGGUUGCAGCCAGAGCAAGUAAACCAAAAAGCAAAUUUCCCUCCUGAAAAUAGAAGAUCUAAUUCUAAGGCUUCCAAAGCCCCGCCCAGCUCUGCCGUUGGCUCCGCCCGCGGCCACGCCUCUCGAAGGAACAGCCUCUCUCUAUCCGUGGGUUCACACUCGAUUCCAGAUCCAGAGUUGGAAGCAGCAGGAACUUCUGGCCAGCAGGGGAGACGGGAGGGCAGCAGCACCCGUGCUCUCAAACGCAGCUCAGCUUCAGAGCCCAACAUCACCUUUUCGCCCAGCCCGGCCAAACGGCCCAAAGCGGUGUCCAGCCACCUUUUGGAGAGUUCAUCCAGUGGGCCAUCGGCCCCCACAACCUCACCUGAAGUUACAGAGCCGAGGAAGGCUCCAGCGUCUGUCAGCACCAAGUCCAAAAAGAGACGUUUAGCAGCCGAGCCGGCUCCCGCCAGAGCCCUGAGCAAGAAGAGCGUGUCCUACCCUGGCCCGAUUGGGGCCUCAAGCACCUCCUCUCAAAAGCGUAAGAAGGCAGACGCCUCUUCAUUGUCAUCCUCAUCUUCUUCCUCCCUCCCCAGCUCGAGCAGCGCGGCAGGCCCCCUGCCACCCCGCAGCGAGGCCAGCCGGGCAGCCAAACCCACCAAGCUGGCGUCCAAAUCGGCCGCCUCAGCCAAAGCUGGGUGUAGCACCGUGACUGACUCCUCCUCUUCCUCUGCUUCUUCCUCAUCCUCUUCUUCCUCUUCCUCCUCGGCCGCCACAGGCGCCAACAGCUGCGCCCCUCAGGGUGCCCGGCUAAAACAGGGCAAGGACCAGAGCAAAGCGCGACGGUCACGCUCCGCGUCCUCCCCUUCUCCCCGAAGGAGCAGCCGGGAUAAAGAGCAGAGCAAGGCUGCUGGCUCCUCCAAGUUUGACUGGACAUCCCGCUUCAACUCCAAAGUCAACCUGCCAAAGCCCAAACUGUCCCUGCUGGGAUCGGCCAAGGCUGAGACCUCCUCCAAGCCUGGGCCCUCCGGACUGCAGGCCAAACUAGCAAGUUUGAGGAAGUCCACUAAGAAGCGUAGUGAGUCUCCCCCAGCAGAGCUCCCCAGCUGUCGGAGGAGCACACGUCAGAAGACCACGGGCUCUUGCGCCAGCACCAGUCGGCGAGGCUCAGGCCUGGGCAAGCGCGGAGCAGCCGAAUCUCGCCGACAGGAGAAAAUGGCCGACUCCGACAACAACCAGGAUGGGGCCAAUUCAUCGGCCGCGCGCACAGAGGAGACACCACAAGGGGCGUCAGCGUCUAGCUCAGUGGCUGGAGCUGUUGGCAUGACCACCUCUGGAGAGAGUGAAUCAGAUGACUCUGAAAUGGGAAGACUGCAAGGUAUGUGUGCGGUAGUCCUGUUACUCAUGUACAUACUAUUCAAUAUCACACUAUUACAGAUGGAGCAUAAUUUUGAUAUUAUGAAUCAUGCAUCUCGCGCCCUCACAUACAUGAUGGAGGCUCUGCCACGCUCCUCGGCUGUGGUGGUAGACGCCAUCCCUGUCUUCCUGGAAAAGCUUCAGGUAAUACAGUUUAUCGAUGUGGCAGAGCAAGCUUUGACUGCCCUGGAGAUGUUGUCACGGAGGCACAGCAAAGCCAUCUUACAGGCUGGAGGUCUGGCUGACUGUUUGCUGUACUUGGAGUUCUUCAGCAUCAAUGCUCAGAGGAACGCAUUAGCCAUCGCUGCUAACUGCUGCCAGAGCAUCACGACGGACGAGUUUCACUUCGUCGCUGACUCUCUGCCCCUGCUCACUCAGAGACUCACACACCAGGAUAAAAAAUCGGUUGAAAGCACUUGUCUCUGUUUUGCCAGGCUGGUGGACAACUUUCAGCAUGAGGAGAACCUGUUACAGCAAGUGGCGUCACGGGACCUGCUGACCAACAUCCAGCAGCUGCUGGUGCUCACUCCACCCGUGCUCAGCUCCGGCAUGUUCAUCAUGGUAGUGCGCAUGUUCUCUCUCAUGUGCUCCAACUGCCCAUGCCUGGCUGUGCAGCUCAUGAAACAGAAUAUAGCAGAGACCCUGCGUUUCCUGCUCUGUGGCGCAUCUAAUGGGAGCUGUCAAGAGCAGAUUGACCUCAUUCCCAGAAGCCCCCAGGAGCUUUAUGAACUCACCUCACUCAUCUGUGAGCUGAUGCCAUGUCUGCCCAGAGAGGGCAUCUUUGCGGUUGACACCAUGCUAAAGAAAGGUAGUGCUCAGACCACAGAGGGCGCCAUCUGGCAGUGGAGAGAUGACAGAGGCCUGUGGCACCCGUACAACCGCAUUGACAGCCGCAUCAUUGAAACUGCACACCAGAACGGAGAAGACGAGAUAAGUCUGUCGACACUCGGCCGUGUCUACACCAUCGACUUCAACUCUAUGCAGCAGAUAAAUGAAGACACUGGCACUGCCCGUGCCAUUCAGAGAAAACCCAACCCUCUGGCCAACCCCAACACAGGAGGGCACUUGGAGGUGCGGCGAGAAGAUGCACGUGCUCAGCUGAUGAAAGAGGACCCUGAGCUGGCCAAGUGCUUCAUAAAGACUCUGUUUGGGGUUCUGUAUGAGGUGUACAGCUCCUCAGCUGGGCCUGCCGUCAGACACAAGUGCCUUAGAGCCAUCCUCCGGAUCAUCUACUUCGCAGAUGCAGAGCUGCUUAAAGACGUACUACGCAACCAUGCUGUGUCUAGCCACAUAGCUUCCAUGCUGUCCAGUCAGGACCUGAAGAUUGUAGUGGGCUCUCUGCAGAUGGCUGAGAUCCUCAUGCAGAAGCUUCCAGAUGUGUUCAGUGUUUAUUUCAGGCGAGAAGGUGUUAUGCACCAGGUAAAGAACCUCGCUGAAUCCGAGGUGUUCCUCACCAGCCCUCCGAAAGCAUGCACCAGCGGCACAGCUAGUCUUUGCACCACCACCAUCACCACAGCAACCACUACAGCAGCUUCUAACAUCACACCCGACUUAGGCUCGCCCAGUUUCCAGCACAGCAUGGACGACUCGCUGGACCUCAGUCCGCAGGGUAGGUUGAGUGAUGUUCUGAAAAGAAAGCGCCUUCCUAAAAGAGGACCAAGGCGUCCCAAGUACUCCCCACCCAGAGACGAUGACAAAGUGGAUAAUCAGGCUAAGAGUCCUACAACCACACAGUCCCCCAAGUCCUCUUUCCUGGCCAGUUUGAAUCCCAAGACCUGGGGUAAGCUGGGGACUCAGACAAACAGCUCCAACUCAGAGCCCUCGCGCACUGCAGGGGUCAGUGGUCUGGCACGAGUGCCGCCCAAGGACUCUGUUUCAAACAACAGGGAUAAGAUAAAGGCUUGGAUAAAAGAACAAGCCUGCAAGUUUGUGGAGCGUUACUUUAAUUCUGAGAGCUUGGAUGGAAGCAACCCUGCACUGAACGUCCUGCAAAGACUCUGUACUGCCACAGAACAACUGAACCUGCAGGUUGACAGUGGUGUAGAGUGUCUAGAGGAAAUGAGCAGUAUUGUAUCUGAAUCAGACGUGUCCUCCUUUGAGAUCCAGCACAGUGGGCUUGUGAAGCAGCUGUUGUUGUAUCUGACAUCAAACAGUGAACGGGACACUAUCAGUAGAGACGAGAGAAUCAAGAGGUUCCUGCAUGUGUUCUUCGGCUGCCCGAUACCAGGACAGGAACCUCUGGGACGUUUGGACCCAACGGAGAAUGGCCCACUGCUGGCAUUGGUGCACAAGAUGAACAACUGCCUUAGUCAGAUGGAACAGUUUCCUGUUAAAGUGCAUGAUUUUCCCAGUGGGAACGGCAACGGAAGCAGGGGUUCACAAGCCCUUAAGUUCUUCAACACACAUCAGCUGAAGUGCCAGCUGCAAAGACACCCAGACUGCACCAAUGUAAAACAGUGGAAGGGCGGGCCAGUCAAAAUUGACCCCUUGGCCCUGGUACAGGCUAUUGAGAGAUACCUUGUGGUUAGAGGGUAUGGAAGGAUCAGGGAGGAGGAUGAAGACAGUGAUGAUGAUGGUUCUGAUGAUGAGAUUGAUGAAUCUUUGGCUGCCCAGUUCUUGAAUUCUGGGAGUGUACGUCACAGGCUGCAGUUCUACAUAGGAGAGCACCUGCUGCCGUACAACAUGACUGUUUAUCAGGCUGUCAGGCAGUUCAGCUUGCAGGCUGAGGAGGAGCGAGAGAGCACAGAUGAUGAAGCAAAUCCUCUGGGAAGGGCUGGCAUCUGGACCAAAACACACACUAUAUGGUAUAAGCCAGUCAGAGAGGAUGAAGAGGGCUGUAAAGAUGCUGUCGGAGGGAAGAGGGGUCGCGCACAGACGGCUCCCACUAAAACCUCCCCUCGAAAUGCCAAGAAACAGGACGAACUGUGGCAUGAGGGUGUGUGUCCUAGUGUGACAAACCCAUUAGAGUCAUACCUCAUUAGUGAUCCUCCAGAGGGCAUCACUUUUGAUGAUCCUUCAAUGGAGGUGAUUCUGCUGCUGAGGGUCCUGCACUCCAUCUGUAGAUAUUGGUUCUAUCUGUACGAUAAUGCUGCAUGUAAAGAGAUCAUUCCCACUGGUGAGUUUAUUAACAGUAAACUGACAGCAAAGGCCAACCGACAGUUGCAGGAUCCGCUGGUCAUCAUGACAGGGAACAUUCCCACCUGGCUCACUGAGCUCGGCAAGACCAGUCCAUUCUUUUUCCCGUUUGACACGCGGCAAAUGCUCUUCUACGUGACAGCGUUUGACCGCGAUCGCGCCAUGCAGCGCCUGCUCGACACCAACCCAGAGAUUAACCAGUCUGACUCGCAAGACAGCCGUGUCGCUCCACGCCUUGACAGGAAGAAGAGAACGAUAAACCGUGAUGAGCUCCUGAAGCAAGCAGAGUCAGUAAUGCAAGACCUCGGGAGUUCCAGAGCUAUGCUGGAAAUUCAAUACGAGAACGAGGUGGGAACAGGCCUUGGACCUACGCAAGAGUUCUAUGCUCUGGUGUCUCAGGAGUUGCAGAGGGCCGAUUUGGGUCUUUGGAGAGGAGAGGAAGUCACUCUCUCCAACCCUAAAGGAAGGCAGGAGGGUACCAAGUAUAUGUUCAGUUCCAGAGGGUUGUUUGCUGUACCGUUUGGACGAACUACCAAACCAGCUCACAUCGCCAAGAUCAAAAUGAAGUUCCGUUUUCUUGGAAAACUGAUGGCUAAAGCGAUCAUGGACUUCAGAUUGCUGGAUCAGUUGUUAUGUGGCAGUAAGUCAGAGUCCUGGGAUGUGAAGACACUAAUAGAGUGCUGCAGACCGGACCACGGCUACACACAUGACAGCCGUGCAGUGCGGUUCCUGUUUGAGGUGCUGAGCAGUUUUGAUGCAGAGCAGCAGAGACUUUUCCUGCAGUUUGUCACAGGCAGCCCCAGACUUCCUGUCGGAGGAUUCCGGAGUUUAAACCCUCCCCUCACCAUCGUUCGGAAGACGUUCGAGUCGACGGAGAACCCGGACGACUUCCUUCCGUCGGUGAUGACGUGUGUGAACUACCUGAAACUGCCGGAUUACUCCAGCAUCGAGAUCAUGCGCGAGAAACUGUUGAUUGCUGCGCGCGAGGGCCAGCAGUCUUUCCAUCUGUCUUGAUCUCACCCUCCUGCACCCUCUCACUCAAAAUGGCCUUUAAUCAACUCACUGCAGAACCACACAAAUCGUGACUUCUUCCUUUAGAGUUCCUCUUCCUCUUUCAUUUUUUCUUUUCCUUUUUCUUUCCGUUUUUUUUUUUUUAAACAAACACCCACACUGAGGCAAAAUAUGUACAGCCUACUUGUUUAAAGAAAAGCAGCUUGCAGAAACUAAACGAUAGAACAUAAGAGACUUCCUUUUGACUCCUGACCAGGAGGAAAGGGUGUUAUGCGACUCGUCAGAUAAAAAAAAAAAA